AUGGAUACUGAGAGUCCAGAUCGACCGCGCACGCGGGCAAAGAAAGCCUGCCUGACAUGUAACUCGCGUCGCGUGCGAUGCAACGUUUUAGAGAUGCAGCCCUGCCAAAACUGCGUGUCGUGGAAUCUCACUUGCGAAGUAGGGGUUUCACGCCGUGGAAAAUAUCCCCGAAAGAAAAAGGGAUCGGCUCGAACAUCCACAACGCCGAAUCACACGGCAAAUGGGUCGGAUUCCCGAGCCAUACAGCGUCAAUUUCCAUUACCCGGACAGAGCUCUCAGUAUUCGGCUCUUUCUCCAACAGCAGAGGAUGCGAUCCAUAAAACCGUGUUCCUUGGCGAGUCAAGCCCUCUCACCUGCGUUGUGGAUGAAGGGCAACGAUCUCCAGACAAGGGGUAUGCCUGCAGUGUCCAGAAAGGCCGUCUGCACUACUCCAUUUCCGAGAUUAGUGGAGCAAAGGAAAGUAGCCAGGACUUACUGGGCCCUCGCAAGCUGAUACAUGAUCGCCUAACCCGCGAAGGGGCCCUCGUAUUCCCGUCGCCUGCUGUCUGCGAUGCGUUACUUCAAGCGUAUUUUGAUUGGCUCCACCCAUGUUUUCCAAUUCUUGACCGGAGAAAUUUGCAAAGUCAUUACCAAGAUGGCACACUGUCGCCAUUGCUUUUACAGUCAAUGCUCUUCAUUGGAGUGAGCCUAUGCUCGGAUACAACUUUGGACACCACCGGCUUCAAUAAUCGCUAUCAAGCCAAAGAAAUAUUUUAUCAGCGAGCAAAGGAUAUCUAUGAUUCAGGAUGGGAGACCGACACAGUCGUCAAGUUACAGUCGUUGUUUCUGCUGAGCUUCUGGCGUGGAAGCCCAACUGAAGAGCGCGAUGUUCGAUUUUGGCUGGGAGCUGCCAUCGGCCUUGCUCAGAAAAAGGGAAUGCAUGUCAUGUACGGUCUAAAUUGUCCUUCCUCAAUGCCAAAGAUCAAAAACUCUGGAAACGAAUUUGGUGGGCUUCAUAUGUACACAUUUCGUUCCUCAAUCCUUGCUUCCAACACCGCGAGAUUGACACUCCAUCAGGUUCGCGAUCAACAAACAUCGGCCGCUUUGGGGUUGCCACCUAGAAUUCGGGAUGAAGACUGCCAAAUCGCCGAUCUUGAACCCGCAGACUUUGAGGACAAUGAGCCUAUGCAGCCUUCUGGGAUAUUCCGCACACCUCCAGAAGUCCACAUUCCCUAUGUGAUUGCAAUGGCUCAAUUGGCUAGACUAUUGCGGGAGAUAGUUUGCAGCCAAUAUCUACCUGGUCGGUCGAAGUUGGAUAAUGAAGCUCGGCCAAUGCUCCGUCAACGUUUGGUUGACUGGGAGUCGCGCCUGCCGGAAGAAAUGAGAUUUCAAAUGCCCAUGAACAGAGACGCAAUGUUCCUUGUUGGCAUGCUGCAUAUGGCAUUCAACAACUUGUACAUUCUACUCUAUCGACCCCUUUUCUUACAGCCUCCAGGCCAAUCAGUUGACCCAGAAGGAAAUAUUGCCCUGGAUGCAGCAACACGAAGCACCCGGAUUUUAGAGGAUAUGCUCUCAGAAAACCUGGUACAACAUGGAUCUGUUCACCUAAUCACCCACACAUUCUCGGCUUUAUGUAUACAUACCAUUCACUUCGGACGGGCUACAGGCACUGCCCGAAAGUUAGCAGAACACAGGGCAAAACUAUGCUUGUUAGGUUUGAAGGAAUUACAGAAAUCGUGGGACUUGGAGAAUUGGGUCCUGGAUCUUUUCUUCCGAUGCUUGGAUGAUCGUACUGCUCGUGAUCUUCGAUUAGCUGAUAAUUCUAUGCCGUCUUUGAUAUCACAGACAGGUGGCGGUCGAAAUGUCGAGGAGAUCUCACCUGUGUCUCCUGCCAGUGGUCUACAUAGACCCCUCUCUCCCCACACCGCGGACGAUCCCUUACACACCCCUAACACGAUGCCUCAUCAUAACCCCGGGGAAGAGGUAGCAAUUAAUAUGGACUGGUAUGAGCUGUUCAACGUGGAGGGUGACGAUGUUAUGGGCCUUGCUGGGUCAUUAUCAAACCCGGACUAUUUGAACCCACAGAAUCUCGAGUUUCUCUAUCGGUUCCUAUAG